UAAUACAAACAUUUAAAACUCGUGUUUUAUAAAAAUAAAAAUAAACACAUUAAAAAACACAAAUUUUCAACAGUUUCAAGUCAUGAAACAAUCAACACAUAGUCAAUGGUCUUGUAUUCCAUUUAAAAAAUGCACCGACAUCAAAGUUAUAGCUUUUGGAAAUGCUUUAGUGAGUUACACGGCCUAUUUGGAGGACACUAAACUAUUGGAUCGCUAUAAAUUAUCGAUGAACACAAAAUGUGAAAUCGACGUUGAGACACUGUCUGAAGUUACAGCUGAAGUCAUUGUUAAUAAGGAACAGCACGAGCCUAAAUUAGGUGGAUCUGCCAUGAAUACUGUUUGCAUUUUAAAGUCAUUGGGAACGAAGGCUUUAUUUUUUGGAGCAUGUGGAGAUGAUGAUCAAUCUAAAAUAAUGUUUGAACUUUUGAAAAAUGCUAAUAUGGAUAGAUACUGUUUCAAAUUGCAAACUAUACCCGAUACGUCUACGGGGCGUCGCAUAUCAUUGGUUCAUAAGGACUCAAAAUCUUUAUACACCAAUAAUGGUGCUUCGGUUAAAUUUACAGGAUCUUAUUUGCAACAAGUGGAAAAUGAAGAGAAUAGCUCAUUUCUUAGACCACUAAAUCGUAAACAGAUUUUCUAUAUUGAAGGAUUUUUUGUGCCAAAAUGCGAAGCUGUCACUACUUUCAUAGUGCGCCAUUACCUAAAAGGCCGCCGAUAUCUGGCACUGAAUUUAAGUGCAGAUUACAUUGUAAGAAUCAACUUCCCACACAUGCUCUUCUUGGCUAAUAACUCGCUAUUCAUAUUCGGUAAUAGAGCUGAGUUCGAAGUGUUCCGUGAAUGUUGGGGUGCUAGUUGCAUUAAGGAGUUGGCCAUAGGAUUGGCGAAAGAGUCAAAAGUUCCCAAGAUUCUUGUGAUUACAAAUGGCGCUGGAGUUGUUGAAAUGAUAACAAAUUAUGUUCCCGGCAAAUCUACGCCCGGCAACAUAACUUAUUGUACAUUUCAUGUAACGCCAGUUGAAAAUAUCACUGACACUACCGGUUGUGGUGACGUGUUUGUUGCAGCUUUUCUCCAUGAGUGGUUAAAUAAAAGUUCGCUAAGUCAUUGCGCUCUGGUGGCUAGUUGUCUUGCAUCGAAAUCAAUUCAAAAGAAUGGUCGUUGCUCAUAUCAUGAAACUUCCAUUGGUGUUUAGUUUUAAUGAUUUAACAUAAAUACAUACAUAUUUCUAUACAUAAUUUGGUGCUAAUAUUCUACAUUAAGUUAUUUAAUAAAAAUAAUUCGAAUUUAAUAUGCUAAUAAAGUACCAACUAUAGAUAUUGCUCUCCAUAAAA